AUGUUAGUUUAUCUUAUCGUUUACCACCCAUUUGUAUCAAUGUAAGUUGUCAUUUCAUUCUUGAAUUUACCCCGGAUUUUUAUUAAACUAAUGAUCUAUUUCUUCAGAAACCCAUCUCUCGAAUCAGUGAAUCUUUGGAACACAUUUCCCGACCCUACUUUCAAUGUCCCAAUUCCGGCCCAGGACGGCACCUACAUGGCCGAGACCCUCACCAACGAUUUAGACAACAUGGAAUGUAAGUUUUGAUGGUUUUUUUGUAGUUGAGGAUAUUAGAGAACUCUUCACAAGGGAAUGGACUUUAUGUGUAAAUCGAUUUUGGCUUGGGACCUAGUCAGAUCGAAAGGUGUGCAGAAGUCGAUUAUUCACUUGGGGGGAAAUCUCUGCGCGGGGCUUCAAAGCCGAGAAAAUCGGCUUCAAAGUUUGGACGAAAAUCAAAGGAUAGGGAUCCCGGAAAAGGAGCGUUAAAAAGUGUGAAGCAGUGUCCGAGUGGUCAGUGCGCUCGCUUUUUGCGCAAAAUGUUGCAAGUUCGAGUCUUUCCAAGCUCAAACCAUCAUUUAUCGUUUUUACUUUUGCUUUCUUCAUGCUAAUCCGGCUGUACAUUUAAAAAAGGGGUAUAGGUAAAAUUGUCUAAAAAAGUUAUGAAUGGAAGCAGAUUCGAACUUGCGACCUUUUGCGCAAAAAGCGAGCGCACUGACCACUCGGCCACUGAUUUACACUUUCUAUUGCCCCUUUUCCGGGAUCCCUAUCCUUUGAUUUUCGUCCAAACUUUGAAGCCGAUUUUCUCGACUUUGAAGCCCCGAGCAGAGAUUUCCCCCCAAGUGAAUAAUCGACUUCUGCACACCUUUCGAUCUGACUCGGUCCCAAGCCAAAAUCGAUUUACACAUAAAGUCCAUUCCCUUGUCAGAUUGUUGUCACUUGUUUUUUGAUGGUUCUUCAAUUGGUUUCUGUAUUUUCAGAUAUUGCUCCAAGAUUUCUUCACUGCUUUUCGGAUGUAAAAUAAAAAAAAAAGAAAAAAAAUUAAAAAAAAGAAAAAAAUAAAAAAAAAGAAAAAAAUAAAAAAAAAGAAAAUAAAAAAAAAGAGAAAAAAAAUAAAAAAAAAAGAAAAAGAAAAACAUAAAAAAAUAAGAAAAUAAAAAAAAAUUUUUUUAAGUAACCCGUAUCCUUCUCUUCUAAAUUUUACUCGCCUAAUAGUUUACCGCCCAUUUAUAUCAGUGUGAGUUGUUAUUUCAUUCUUGAAUUUACCCCGGAUUUUUAUUAAACUAAUGAUCUAUUUCUUCAGAAACCCAUCUCUCGAAUCAGUGAAUCUUUGGAACACAUUUCCCGACCCUACUUUCAAUGUCCCAAUUCCGGCCCAGGACGGCACCUACAUGGCCGAGACCUUAACCAACGAUUUACACAACAUGGAAUGUAAGGUUUGAUGGUUUUUUUAUAGUUGGGGAUAUUAGGGAACUCUUCAGAUUGUUCUCACUUGUUUUUUGGUUGUUCCUUAAUUGAUUAUUUUAUUUUCAGAUUUUCCUCCAAGAUUUCACUGCCGUAUCCAUAAUGUUUACCACCCAUUUUUUACUACGUAAGUUGUUGUUUCACCCUUGAUUUUACCCUGGAUUUUUGUCAAACUAAGGUCUAUAUUUUCAGAAACCUAAAGUUAGAAAAAAAAGUCGACAUCGCCUUCACUUACGCCACAUUCCCCGUUCCGUUUGCAACACUCAUCCUUCCCUCCCACUCGCACCGCACCCCUCCUCCAUUCCACUCCCACCACACUCCUCCCCCAUCCCACUCUCUCUUCAGAAUGUAAGUUUCGUGGUUUCUUGGUAGUUGGGGAAAUUAUGGAUAGCUUAAGAUUAUUGUCAACUCUUUUUUGAGGGUUCUUCAAUUUAUUCUUUUAAUUUGCAGAGAUCUCCAAGCCCCAUGUAACGGAUAA